UUCGUCGUUGGCAGCUGGGACGGGGAAGAGAGAUGGACAGAAUGUCACUGGCUGCUUAUUGUGGGAUUUGCUGUAGAAAGAUAGGAACUUUAGGUACGGCCCGGAAAACUCACAAGUCUUGGAAAGAUAUCAGGAAAAUUGCAAAGCUAACUGGCUCACUUAUUCUGGGUGGUUGUAUCUUUGCUACAUAUGAAGUUCUGGCUUUAAGGAAGUUACUCUCUUUUGAUACCCAAGUGGUACAGCAAGAAAAAUUAAAGUCCUACAUUUAUUUACAAACAGUUUCUUUAGAUCCAAGUGAAUAUCAAGGGAUUACUUAUCAAGUGAGAAAGGAACUUCAUAGAGCAGCAAAGAAAAUUCUAGAAACAAAUGCUAGAAUUUUCCGAAGACCAUUUGAUGAACGCUUCAGUACAUUCGAUGCAGAAGAGCAUGAGUGUGCCUUGUGGCUCCUUGUGAAAAGAUGCCAGUCAGAAGAUAAAGCAAUCCGAUUACAAGCUGUGCAGGAAGUGGCCUCCAAUCAUUAUUGGCGCGAUUAUCAAUAUAGGACAGCUGCCCAAUCCAUUGAUCAGAGAACUGCAAUUGGUUUAGCUCGAAGUAAAGAUGUUGACCUUCGAUUUUUCCUGCCACCCCGUUUUUUACCAAAACAAAGAGAUAUUUCUUGUUUAGAAGAUGAACUUCGGCUGCUGCUGGCAGCUUUACCUCAGACAGAUCUUGACCAAUGUGUGCAGUAUUUCACGUCUUUGGCUUUAAGAGAAAGCAGUCAGACCAUCGCUGCACAAAAGGGGGGCUUAUGGUGUUUUGGUGGAAAUGGGCUUCCUUAUUGCGAAAGUCUCAGUACUAUCCCUGCAAAGACUGUAGAGCUCUUCUGUUUACAAGCCUUAGUGCAGCAUUCCAAGGUUCCUAGUCAUUGUGAUGAAAUUGAAUCAAACAGAGGGCUUCAGCUGCUGCAGAAAUUGUACCAUCUUCGUAGAGAUUCCCCCAAAAUACAAAGAAGCAUAAUUCACAUAAUUGGAAAUAUGGCACUGGAUGAACGACUUCAUUUAUCUAUAUCAAGUGCAGGUUGGGUUUCUGUACUAGCUGAUAUGAUGAAGUCUCCACGUGUCAUGGAAUCCUCACAUGCAGCAAGAGCCUUGGCCAACUUAGACAGGGAAACUGUGCAGGAGAAGUAUCCAGAUGGAGUAUAUCUUUUACAUCCACAAUAUCGAACCAAUGAGCCCAUUAAAGCUGAUGUUCUUUUUGUUCAUGGCCUUUUGGGAGCAGCAUUUAAAACAUGGCGGCAACAGGACAUUGAGCAGUCAGGAGCUGACAAGGAAGUGGAUACAGAGGAUGACUAUAGUGAAUGUUGGCCAAAGACAUGGUUAGCAUCCGACUGUCCUUCACUUAGAAUUAUAUCUGUGGAAUAUGACACCCACCUGAGUGACUGGAAAACAAAAUGCCCUGUGGAAAGCUACAGGGAAUCUCUGGCAUAUAGAAGUAUUGAGCUUCUCAAGAAACUCAGAGCUGCUGGCAUUGGAGACAGGCCCCUUGUAUGGCUGUCACACAGCAUGGGGGGACUUCUAGUCAAGAAGAUGCUAUUGGAUGCUUCCAGGGACCCUGAAAUGGACUCCAUUGUAAACAACACCCGGGGAAUUGUAUUUUAUAGUGUUCCUCAUCAUGGCUCCCGGCUGGCAGAAUACUCAAUAAAUGUUAGAUUUCUGCUCUUUCCUUCUAUGGAAGUCAAGGAACUCAGCAAAGAUUCUCCUGCCCUUAAAGCACUGAAUGAUGAAUUUCUCUCAUUUGCCAAGGAAAAGAACUUUCCUGUAUUGAGUUUUGCAGAAAUGUUGCCAACACGAGUUGGUAGAAUGCUGAGUCUGCAUGUCGUACCAGUGGAAUCGGCAGAUAUAGGCAUAGGAGAGCUCAUUCCAGUAGAGGUUAGCCACCUGAAUAUUUGCAAACCGAAGAACAAGGACUCUUUCCUUUACUUACACACCUUAAAGUUUAUUCAAGAUAUUUUAGCAAGAGAGCUGGGAAACAGAUGAAUUGCAAAGCUUUGCUUAUUUGUUAUUUAUAUCUCAUGUAAUUCUAGCAAACCUUUGUGCUGAAAGUUUGACUGACUUUGGCAUCUCCUAGCAGCAAACCUCUAGAGUAUACUUAAGAUAUGAAAGUACAUAGAUGCAUGGUGCCAUACAUCUCACAAAGAAAAGCCAUGACAGCUUUUGUUCUCUUUUAGCUUUCUUGUAUAUACGUAUCUGGAAGGGUAAAAUGCAAGAGACAUCUCGUUCAGCAUUUGGUAAGGUAGCCUUUGCCUGAGCUCUGACCUUUACACUCCUAUAAGAAACAAUGGAAUGCUUCUACUUACCCUAAAAAGGCGUCCUUCCCUUGGGAGGCUAUGCUGUUCCCUGUAGUAAGGCACAUGUGCACCCCACUCAUAUUGCAAUUGGCCUAUAUUCAUUUCAGUUUACUGCUUUUACUGGUCAGGGAAUGAAAACAAGCUGAAUCUUCCUGUGUACUGAAGCCAUUAAAUGUAUUGAAAUUAUACAUCUGUUCUCUCAUAAUAAGGACAUGUCCUUAACCAUCAGCCUUUCUGGAGCAGAAAUGCCAGGCCAUGGUAAGAGCUGCCAUAAGACACAUUGGCGUGAUAAAGAAAGACCUGGGGUAUUUGGGAGGAAAAUUGUAUCACGACAACUAAACCCGCAAACCUAGGCUGUGUUUUGCCAAAAAAACAAGGCUACAAAUGUUCUUCUGUAUUUGCUUUGGAAAGCAGUAACAAAAACAUUAGGUAGAAUAUUUUAUCUAAAGGACUGGUUCCAUUUAUUCCCAUGGUGACUGGUUUUUCUCUUAUCUGUCUUAAACCAGAGUCCUGUGUGAAGGAAAUAAACUUCAAAAUCAUUGCUUUAUGCCGCAUAAAAGGCAGAAUAUAGGGAGUCUUCUAACCCUUCAUUAUCAUUAUAGUAGUUAAGAAUAUAUCCACCACCUAAAUUAUUUAAACUUCAGAGGGCACGAGUCUAAUCGCAAUAUAAUUUGAGUAGCUCAGCCGAUUUUUACUAUAACCUUCAGAAUGACAAAAUUGCAGAAGGGAUACUUUGAAUUAUAAUCCUUUGAAUUAUAUGCUAUUUCAGUAUUCUGGAUACAAGUACAGUUGACUAGAAAAAUCACUUCUGUGAUCAGCCCUGAGUUCAGACAUCAUGCCAAAACAUGGAUUGAUUUACCAGAUCAUCAGGAAAAUGCUGCUGAAGACAGUAUGUCUUGUUUUAUAUUCCAUCUAUCUCAACCUGCAGUGGCAAUAGCCACAAUUAUGAUUUGAGAUCUGGAAAUCAUGACAAACCAUAAUUCAUAGAAGCCGUUGAUUUGCCAGCUGCUAACAUAAAAUGGUUUGUGCUACAGAAGGCCUUAGUAAAACUCAACUCAACUAUGGCUUAAUGUUGUGAUAUUUGAAUUGAGCCAAUCUAUAUGUAACAGAUACCAUUUAUAGGCAAAACGGGAACCCUCAGUAAUAACCAGCUACUGUUGCCCUUUAUAGAAAAUAUUUGUUUAUAAGUUUUGGAGCCAUAUAAAGCAUGCAGUUCCUCCCCACAUGCAUAGCAUGUGGUUUAUACUGUAAUAUUUGUGCAAUAAUAAACUAAACUAUGUGUGUAUAUUUGAAAAUUAUAUAUUUUCAAAUAGAAUCAGAAAAGUUUAAGUGGUGGAGACGCUGCUAAAACAGGUGCACUUCAUAAAAAUAAAUAAAUGUAUUUUGUCUUUA